AUGUUCUCCGCUUUGGUUUUGAUAUCACUGGUGCUUGUUCCAGGUCUAGUCAUAUCCCAGCUCUUGUUGAAUUACUUCACUCCUGGGCUUGGACAAAUCCCUGGUCCUGUUCUGGCACGAUUUACCGACUUAUGGCGUUUCGUCGACGCAUGCCUAGGGCAUCGUGAGCAAACGAUUCUGCGACUGCACCAAAAAUACGGCCCAGUCGUGCGGAUAGGCCCAAACUGUGUAACAGUCGCGGAUCCUGACGCCCUCGAUUUGAUCCUAGGACUCAAAAGCAAUCUGGACAAGAGCGACCAUGUCAAGCCCAUGCAAAAUCCAGUCGAGGGUGAAGUCCUUCCCAUGCUCAUCGCAGCAAUUGAUUCAAAAGUCCAUGCCCAGCGAAAACGACCGAUCGCGGGUGCCUUUUCCAUGAGCACGCUCCUCGGUUACGAAAACAUUGUAGACGAAAACAUCAAUAUGCUCACUCGUCGGCUGAGAGAAGAGUAUGUCGAAGGCGGAAGUCACCAAGUAUGCUCCAUCGACAAAUGGAUGCAUUGGUUCUCCUUCGAUCUCAUCGGACAGGCCACUUUCAGCAAACGCUUUGGAUUUCUCGACACCGCAAAAGACAUCAACAACAUGAUGUUCACCCUGGACUUGCAAUUUCUAUAUAUUGGCACAGUCGGAUUCAUGCCAUGGAUCGACUACUUGCUCCUAAAGAACCCUCUGCUACUGGCUCUGACCAAGACCCCAAACCAUCUAGUUUCAUUCACCAAUGAGCGAAUCCGGAGGCGGGCCAAUGGGGAAGAAAAGGGUGACUUGGAAAAGCCGGACUUUCUUUCAAGGUUCCUUGACGCACAAAAGCAACAUCCAGACGUGGUCUCAGAUUUGCAGGUAAAAGCCUACGCCAGUACUAAUGUACUGGCGGCCUCCGACACCACCGGAGCUGCUCUGUCGACUAUUCUGAUGUUCGUCCUACGGCAUCCAAACGUGAUGAGCAAACUGCAGAAGGAACUUGAUGAAAAUGAUUUGACUUAUCCACCUCAGUAUAGCGAGGCGAAAAAGCUGCCCUACCUCGACGCGGUUAUCACGGAAGCACUUCGUAUCCACCCCACUGUUGCGAUCGAGCUGGAGCGUAAAGUUGGUGCUGGCGGCCUGGUGCUCCCUACUGGGCAGGAAUUGCCACCAGGUACCAUUGUGGGGGUGAAUGCAUGGCCCGUUCAUCGCAACCAGGAUGUUUUUGGCAAGGACACUGACACAUUCAAUCCGGAUCGCUGGCUGCGACGAGCCGACGAACCUGAGGCUGAAUUCACGGAGAGAAUUCGAGCCAUGCAAAGAAAGUUCAUCGAAUUCGGCUAUGGGCCGCGAGCUUGUAUAGGCAAGCACAUUGCUUUGCUUGAAUUGUAUAAGCUAAUCUCAACCCUGUUUGGGCUUUUUGACGUAAGUGGAUUUCCCUCCAUCUUCAUCCCCGUAGCAGCAACUAAUGCGGGCAUUAUAGCUUAG